UCGCGCAAUAAUUCGAUACUUUAUUCCAGCCCUGGUAAGCAAUGACUUUAUAAAAUUUCGUCUUUGAGGCAAAACGAAAUUUAACUUCAAGUCUAAAAUUUGAAAUUAUACAAAUAAAGUCAAGUAAAAUAACGCCAAUAUGUCGCGAGGAAGUUCAGCCGGUUUCGAUAGACACAUUACAAUCUUCUCACCUGAGGGACGCCUCUACCAAGUGGAGUAUGCAUUUAAGGCCAUUACCCAGGAGAACAUCACAUCGGUGGCUUUAAAGAGCGGGGAUUGUGCCGUUGUUGCCACUCAGAAGAAGGUGACGGAGAAGAACAUUGUGCCGGAGACAGUGACCCAUUUGUUUGGCAUCACCAAGGAAAUUGGUUGUGUGAUGACUGGCCGCAUUGCUGAUUCCCGUUCGCAGGUGCAAAAGGCGCGCUAUGAAGCCGCCAACUUCCGUUAUAAAUACGGCUACGAAAUGCCCGUGGAUGUGCUCUGCCGUCGUAUUGCCGACAUCAAUCAGGUGUACACACAGAAUGCCGAGAUGCGUCCGCUCGGCUGCAGCAUGGUCUUAAUCUCCUAUGAUGAUGAGCUGGGUCCCAGUGUCUACAAAACGGAUCCGGCUGGUUACUACUGCGGAUUCCGGGCCUGCUCGGUGGGCGCCAAAAUGAUUGAGGCCAACAGCUAUUUGGAAAAGAAGUACAAGAACAACUUGUCGGAGGAGAAGGCCAUUCAAUUGGCCAUUACCUGUUUGUCCACCGUUUUGGCCGUUGAUUUCAAGCCCAAUGGCAUUGAGAUUGGUGUUGUGAGCAAGUCGAAUCCGCAGUUCCGCAUUCUCGACGAGAAGGAGAUCGAGGAACAUCUCACCAAAAUUGCUGAAAAGGAUUAAACGCUAAGCGUGUAUUCCAUAGAUGUAAAUUCAACCAUUUUCUACAGUGCGUAAAUAAAAAAAUGCUUGUGGCACAUAACAAA